AGAGGGGGGAGCGGAGGGCAGGAGGAGAAAGCGCAAAGUAGGAGUAGGAGUAGGAGGAAAGGAGGCAGAACUCAGGCUCAGCUGAUGGACAAUGACGGGACAAUAGUUCAUGGAGAAGACGCGGCGUCUCCCGAGGACUCUUCCUCGAGGUCGGUGAUGAUGAUGAUGAUGAUGAAGGACAGCUUUCACACGGACUCUGAAACGGAGACGUCCUUCCGUCUGGACGAGCCCGCUCCAGCGCCUCCGCCACCGUCGGACCGAGCCGUGCUGGAGAACCUGGGGAGGCUGUUUGAACACUGCAUCCAGCAGGUGUCCAGCCUGGAGAAGGAGAGGGACGAGCUGAUCCAGCAGCUGCUCUGCCUGCAGGAGCCUUUGCUGCGGAUCGUGCAGCACCUGAGGGCGAAGGUGGUGGACGCUCAGAGGCUGCUGGCCCUGACGCAGCAGGACUACAGGGCCGUGUCCGAGGAGGUGCAGCAGGUGAAGAGGAAGCUGUUCGCUGUGGCCAGAGACUGCAUCCAGAGCCAGGUGACGCUGGCCGCACAGGAGUACGAGGUGGCCCAGUCGGCUCUGACGCAGGAAGAACUCAAGGCCCAAAUCCAAAAUCUGAUUCAGGAGUUGUCCCAACUCAAGGAUGUCCACAAGAACCAGCUGAGUACCAUGAGGGACCAGAACAGUAAACAGUUCUGCAGACCCCGCGCCAUGAGCGACGUCGGCCUCUGUCGCCAGUCGUCCGUCCGACUCCAGCGGAGGCUCAGCGGCAGCGUGAGGGCGCUGGAGAGUUACUACGAGCCCCGGCUCCUGGCCCUGCUGAAGAGGAGGCAGUUUGGAGAGGAGGCCAUGAGGAAGUACCGGGAGCAGGCCAAGGACCUGAGGAGCAGGCUGGGCCCCCUGAGGGAGGAGUGUCAGAAGCUGGAGGUCCAGAGGUCCUGUCUGCAGCAGAGGAUUUUUCUGAUGGACAGGGAGAGAAAGGACAGCAACGAACGACACAAGGAAACUGUGGAGACUUUGAGAGAAACUCUGAGGGAACUGGAAAUAGAGUCUGAAGUCCAAAGAACAUCUAGAAAACAUCUGGAGACUCUUAAGGACGGCCUCCUGACAGACCUGACGUUUCUGAGAAGCGGUGACGAAGCUAACAAACGCACCACCUAAUCCAAAAAGAUUACAGAAGAAGUCCUUCAUCCUGACGUCAACACAAGACCAAAGCAGGACAAUAUAUGUUCUCCGUUAAUCAGCUGAUACUAAACACUUUUAAAUCAUGACAAAAGGAGCAUUAAUUCAGGCGUGGGACAUUAUUUGAUUUCACUGAAUUACUCUGAAGAGUAUUAUUUAUUUACUGCAAAUAAUGUUGUUUUGUGAAAAAAGAGGCAGAACAAUUAAAUACUCUUCCACAAGGUGGCAGCAGAUGGUUAGAAAAACUAAAAAGAAACUCAGAACUAUGAAAGAUUUUCCUGUCUUCCUUCAAUGUGUCAGCACUGUGUUCAA